AGGAGCAAUGGACGUCACACCGCACAGCCUCGCUGUCAGUGACUGCAACGCGGAAGGAGGAAAACGACUCUCCGUCACUGAGGUGUAAUUUCGGCGUCACCGCCUCACAAGGUGCACCCUUUAGUGUAAUUCCAAUGCCGCUGUAAGACCCCUGACAUCUUCAUGCCAGUACUAAUUCAUUUUAAACACAAAGCGGACAUAUAUCUCCCCCCGGUUCUCCACUGACGGGCCUCGGUAAAGACUCUAACAAGGCGCUGAAGGUAAUAGUCGCUCACCGCCUCAGCUUCUCCAUGGGUGAAUCGGGCUCACGCCGUUCCACACUUGUUUCACGCCUGCCAAUCUUCCGCCGCAGCGCCAGCAAGCGGCAGGAGUCCCUACCCUCCUCCCCGUCCUCAGGGGGAGUGGGAAACGGCGUUCACACCUCCUCGCCCUCCAGCACCAACUCCAGCUCGGGCAGCACCGGCAAACGCCGGAGCCUGUUUCGCACGCCGUCUCUCAGUUUCACGGCUAAGAGGAACAGCGAUCCACGCGUCCAGCCCAUCAACCUGAACCUCACGCCCCCCCUGACGCAGACCACUGACGCAAACGGAAACAACCAGCAGACGGUAACCUCGUCGGCGUCCGCAGGAUUCAGCGAGGGUGGCAGGCGUUCCAAGUCGCGCCACUCAUUUGGGUUUGGGAGCCACAAGCAGAAGAAAAUCCCACGCUCGCAGACUGAGGACUUUGACAAGGCCUCCUCCUCCUCGUCCACAGCCAAUCGAAAUGUGUUCAUCAACUGCAUCAGCAGCUCUGGAGCCAACGAAGGUGACGACUCAGGGUUCCUCGACGACUUCAGUGGGGCCAGCAAUAACAACAAACGCUCUUCGCGGCAGAAGAAGCAGCUACUGCCUAAAUCAUUUUCAGCCCAUCACCGCUUCUCUCGCACGUCCGACCACCACAGGCCUCCAGAAGUCAACCUGGAACCUCCCAGCUCGGCCACCGUCACACCUGGGCCAGAGGGCCUCACACCUGGGUCAUGCCCUGGAGAGCUAAUGGUAGGAGGGGGUGAGAGCUCGCUUCAGUCCCCCAUGAUUUCAGAAGAUCGAACAACAGCCAUCACUCCCUCAGAGUUCAUUCCCAUAACAGAAGACUCUGUGUCGGAGGUGGAUGCUCUCCCGGCGCCCAGUCCAGGAUCCGGUUUGAACUCAGGGCCUGUCUGUGUGUCUGAGUCGCCCGCUGAUACUGCUCCACCUGAUCCCCCAGCUGCACCUGAGAACCUCAGCGUGGCGGUCUCCACCUCUCAGGUUUUCUUCACCCCAGUCCAGUCCAGCGCUGAGAAACCCUUACUCCUUGACACCAGCACAGCCAACAACACAGACUAUGAAACGGCCGUCUCCCUGUCCGAGCCAGAGACGGCCGUACCCUGCGCGCCUCUGCGGGAACAAUCGCUGGAAGAGAGGAAAGAGAGGGAAGAGGAAAGACAGGAGGCAAUGAAAGAAGGCGCAGUAGAGGAGAGGAAGAAGUUGGUGCAGGAGAGAAAGGCAGGCUACCACACCGAGACCACAAGUGAGAGCGAGGUGUGUGGGGCGCGCAGCGAGGGCUGUCACUCAAACCCUGAGAAAACGGAUAGGAGGGCGAGACACACUCUCUCUCUUCAAGAAAGAGGAAGCUUCUGCGGCUGCCACGAACCCAGGUCCUCUCAUUUGAGGAAACCACAUGCAGCUUCUGUGUGCAGCAGUGCCAGCCCUUACCACGAGGUGAUGCGGAUGGAAAGGCGACUGCGCUCCUCAUCUGAGGGGGCCGGUGGGCCUCGUGUCCAUGGAAACUACAGAGAUGCCCCAGGCAUGGAGGGAAAUGGUCUGCUCAAGCACAGAAACAACUCCUCGUCGUCUAAACUUGGAAGUCUGGAUGUGCUGAACAACCUGGGCUCCUCAGAACUGGAUGAAGAUGACCUCAUGUUAGACCUGGACCUCUCAGACGAUCAGCGACAUCGGCACGUGUCCAGGGAAGACUCGAGCCAGUCCCUCACAUCCUGCCUCAACCUGCUUCCUUCUCCCUUGGAUCCACCCGGAGAUCGCUUAGCAGGGAAAGAAAACGUUCAGAGGGAACUGAGUCGACCAACCAGUCUGCUGCCCACUGAAUGUAGCGUGGGACCUGGUUUAGGGAAGGAUGACGACCCUCUACCACCGGGGCUGGAGAGCCUUCCGCUCAGACUGAUGCAGCAGGAAUGCACGGCGGUCAAAACCCUGCUUUUAAGACUAAGAAGGACAUUACAGGAGAGCACGGAGACGAGUCCAGCCAGCAGCCUUCAGUCCCUACCCAUCAGUCCUUGCAGUGAGAAGUCACUUCCAUUAAAGGAUCUCAACAGAGAGGAAACCCUCCUGCAGCAGCUGAGAGAAAAAGAUGAGCUGAUUCUCAGACUCCAGAGUGAACUGGAGAGCACCAGAGCAGCCCUGAAGAUGAAAGACUGCCAAAUGACUGAUCGCACAACGCAGACAGAACACACAGGGGCAGAGAUCAGCCUUCCAGGCCGGUGGUCAGGAUUCGGCAACAGCAGCAUCAGCCUGGCUCCAAGGGAGCGAAGGGUGGUGCGGGGAGCGUCAGCGGCACAAGGAGGGGACCACUAUAACCAACACCACCCUUACUACUGUCGGCCCACCGCUGCCGCAGAGCGCCACGCUGCCAGGGAGGAGCGCCACCACCAGGGCGCUGGGAACACUGCAGGUCAUCUGGCUUCUGGCUCCUCCGACCCGUCCUCCGUCCAGACCUCACCCACCACACCAGCCCAGACCAGUACAUAUCAGCCACCAGGUUCCACCUCAGCUUCACCUCCUUUCUCCAAGCAGCCCGAGAGGGCGUCCUCCUCCUCUGAGUCCUUAACUCCAGGAGGAGGAGGAGGAAGUGGAGCCAGUCUAUCCGGCGGGGUGAAGAGAGGAGGCGGGGAUCACCAUCCGCCAAGCCUAAUCCCCCGUGCAGUCGGGGCCAGCGCUUCUUCCAGUCUCCACAGCCUCGCAAGCAGAGGGAGCUCCACACAAAACAUCUCGUCAUCAGACCGGGCCUCGCCAACACCUCCCACACCUUCGUCAGCUUCCUCCUCUUCCUCCUCCUCCGCGUUCACCGGCCGUUUAGGACAACCACCUCGCGGCCCUCUGUCUCUGCAUAGCUAUAGCCGGAAAAACGUCUUCCUCCAGCAUUCCCUGCACACGGCCGAACUGCAAGCCCUCACACAGAGAGACAGUUGAGGAUGUAAAAAAAAGAAAACAGCCAUAAGCAGCCAUAUCAUCAGCUUAAGUUAUCAUAAGGGUUAAUAUUUAGGAGAAAACAUUGCUGCUGCUUCUGUUUUAUUCUCGCCAAACUCACCCUUAUAAAAAAAUAAAUAAAAAGAAGUCCCCUCCUCUUCCAUUGCGCUUACAAUCACUUUGCAAUCCAGACCAGCCCUUGAUUCACUUGUUUAGAAAUUUGCUUGAUUUUUACACAUGCGCACACACGCAUCAGGCGGUGAGAUUGAAAAAAGGCACUCACCCGUCUAUCAUCGCUCCCACGUCGUGUCAUGCUGACAGUUCAGAUGAGCUUACGCCCACAGACACACAAACUCCACACAAACACAGUCACCCACACUCAAACUCACACUUUGACACAAAGACAUCGCCUGUGAUAUCUCUGCUCGGCCAUCUGCACCAACAGCACGGCGGUAAAGCUGAAUGAAAAGACGAGGUGUCUGCAUUGUUAAAGCUCGGUUCUUUAUUUGACCGCCUGUAACGGUGAACCCCAUUGGCUGCUGAAGAACUUUUGGAACCCGACUGUGAUUUUUGCUCGUGACCGGGUUUUUAUCAAGCUGCCAAAUCCCACAUUGAAUCAAAUCCUCGUUCCUCAUUGGUCCAGGUUAAGAGACUACAGUCCUUGUGAUACAGCAUGCUUUUUUUAAACAUUUUUAAAAGAAGAAGAAAAUAAAAAACACAGCCGAGCGUUUAAUACGGCAGCAACUUAAUUCUCAUUACAGUAUGAACUUUCAUGUCAGUGUUUUUAAAACCAGUCAAAACUUCCAUGACAUUAAUUAACCUGUUUGUAUAGUCUUUUUUUUUUUUUUGAGUGAGGGAAGAAUUUUUCAUUCGAGAAAAUGACUUGUGUUCUUUGCUCAACAUUUUAUAAUUGCAGGAAUACAAGGUUAAGCUGUAACAUACGUUAUACCGGCUGGAAUAAUGAGUCUCACAAAAAUAAUAAAGCUAAAAUAAAAUUACAUUUUAAAUUUAAACAAACCACAACCUAUAUAAGCUACUGUUACACUCCAGUUUGAAUAAAACUUAUUAUUACGUCUGACAGAUUUUUCACAGAAAUUCCUCAGUGCUUGUAAUAAAAACCUGAGCCGGUUAUUGGCAGCAGAUGUCUAUGGCCGCUUCGUUGAAUGACGGCAAACUGAAUUGUACUGAAUAAUCACACUUGGGUGUUUUUUUUCCUCUUAAAGUUAUUCUUAGUAAUAGCUCUCUUAACCUGCUGUAGACAGACCCCACAUCACAGUUAGUUUGUAGAAAGGUAAACAACACAGUAGAAGGAUACCUCCUACAGACGACAUGUGGCUGAGAACAAAAUGACGCAGUUUUCAUCACACAGCUGCGACGGUAGAAACAGUUUGACUUAACCAUGCGGAGCCCUUAAAAGCCCUCAUUUGGGUUGAGAAUCAACCUUUAAUUUAAGAGAAACCUGACAACUCAGCAUUCCUGCCAUGUUCAAAGGCAAAGCGCCUCUGCCUUUGCCAUCAGUAGAUCAUGACAAUGUGAAUUCCUGACAUGAAUUGAGCUAAAACCCAGGUCCGUGGCCAGAUUGUGAAUAUUUAAUGGCAGUCGUUUUAAAUUUUGAUCAACUGAUGAACAGUCUGUUUUUAAUAAUUAGUUUACUCUGACUUUUUCCCCCCCAUCUUUUGCUCUUCUUUUUGAACUUAGAGCCUUGUAAAGAUCAGCACAAAAUGUGAAUAAUUUAGAUUCUGAUCCAGAGUGUUCUGCAUUGUAUUUCACCGAUAAAAAAACAAUUUCAGUUUGAGCAUUUUAAAUAGUUAAGAAUCAGCAAAAACCUGAUCUCUGAGUUCCUCUGAGUAAAUGUCACCUAUUUGGAAAUUAGUUUUCUUUUCUACAAACUUACUGUGAUGUGACAUCUUUCUACAACAGCUGAGGGAACUAUCACUGAUAACUUCACUGAAUAUCACUUCAUAAAUCCAAACCAUCCCCUUAUAGCUGCAGGAGAAAUGUUUUUUAAUAACUACUUGCGUAAGGGAGUUACUUAAUUGGGUUCUGCAUAAAGAAGGAACUAAACGGGGAAAAAAGUUGUAUCUUUACUCAAAGACUUUACAAAGCUUUUACUCAGUUCUCCCUGUUUCAGUUUAAUGGUGAUAUCUCAUCGUAACAAUACUGCCAUCUACGUUUCUUUUGUCUUUAAGGUCGUUUAAGCAACAUGAACAUUACUGCCAACAUUUGCUGACUUAUAUCUUUUGGGACGAGGUGUGUUUCAGAACGACUUUUUUUUUUUUUUUUGUUAACUAAACUGUAUAACAAUCUCCUUCUUUUACUACAAACUGAUGUAUGUUUUCUGUGAACUGACAAAAUCCUGGAACUGGUCUUUUCCCCCCUUGGCUUUGAGGUAAAUGGAUCCUACAGAGUCAAGCAGGAGGUGGGAAUUUGCGCUUGUUCUUGGUGCGAGCGAGUAGUUCACCGCCGCUGGCAUCUACAGACUGGUGAGAUGUUGGAGCGCUUGUUGACCUUGUCUGUCUCUAAAUAGCACCUGGCUUGGGGGGACCUGUGUAAAUGAUGUGUGUGUGUGUGUGUGUGUGUG